UAUACAGUCGUGUAAUGACUUAAUUUGGCCUCUAUACAUGUUCUUUUCGGCAGCCUAGAGAUUCUAGGAAACCACUUUUUGCGUCACGCCGCACGUCGUGUUUUUGCUGAAUGGACAUUUGUGAAGUCAGGCGUGAUGAUCAGCUGAUAUGAGCGGAGCUGCUGUUUUGAGUCUGAGGAAACGGAGCGUUACUUUGCUUGAGGUAUCUGCGGACUAAAAUAGACAUACCGCUACUAUUCUACACCAGCAGCUGAAAGCUACAUCACAGUGAUGUCGGAUGGGUUUGUGCUCGGCGGUGGUGGGAACUUCAGCUCUCUCUGCCCGCACGGGAUCGAGUGGAUCUGGUAUGGACUGGGUGAAUGUGCCCAGGAUGGCAGAGACAUCGCCAGUGUUGUUCUCGGACUUCUGUCGAUAGUUUGCUUCAUGGUGUCUUCACUGCCGCAAUACUACAGUUCCUGCAAGACAGGAAAUAUGGACAGCGCUCUGUCUAUUUGGUUCCUGUUAUUUUGGCUGGCCGGUGACUCGUGCAAUCUUAUUGGAUCGUUCUUGGCUGAUCAACUUCCACUACAAAAAUACACUGCAGUGUACUACAUCCUGGCAGACCUGUUAAUGCUGUCAAUGUACUAUUACUAUAAACUAAAGCAUAGGGCAUCUAGGGCCAGUAACAGUGCAUUGCUGAAUGCGGUCAGCAUGUUAUGUCUUCUGGGAAUUACAUCUUCCCUCAUUAGUCUCCCUCGCUCAGCUUUAGAGGAUCAGAUGCCUAUGAGGUUCAAGGCUCGGGCGCUGCUGGCCGUGGAGGAGGACAGCGGUUCGGUGCAGCCCUUCGAUACAAAGGAGAUUAUAGGCUUUGUCAUCGGCUCUAUAUCUUCAGUACUGUAUUUAUGCUCCAGACUGCCACAGAUGUACACUAAUUUUCAGAGGAAGUCAACAGAGGGCGUGUCUUUUUUCCUGUUUGCUCUUGUGAUUCUGGGAAACACAACAUAUGGCAUCAGUGUGCUAGUGAAGAACCCAGAUCCAGGGCAGGGAGAGGCCAGCUAUAUCAUACACCACCUCCCCUGGCUCAUCGGCAGCCUGGGAACGCUCUCCCUUGACCUUAUAAUAUCCGUGCAGUUCAUGGUGUACAGCAAAUCACCUGGGGAUUCUGCAGAUGGAGAUGGAGAUGAAGAGACGGCUGCGCUUCUCCAUAACUGAACAAUUCCCAUUCCUGCUGUGACUGGAUGAAAUGCUGGAGAUGUUUUUUGAGCUUCACAUUUCCACAGCCACAGCUGAGAGACAAGAAUCACAAUUUUUUUUCUAAUAGUUUUAGCUAGAUUUUAUAUCAAUAGGUUUUAUACCUAGCAGUGUCAGUGGUUAAACGUAUUUUUUUUCUGAUUGGGAAUAGUUCACUUUCUUAAGCGGUUCAAUAUUUGGCAUCAAAAGGGAAUUAUUGAAACACUUUUGUAAUGUUUGUACUGUACUUCAGAAUUCAGUUUUUUUUUGUUUUUUUUUUACAACUAAUACAAUCAUGUUCAUACAAUUCAUACAACAAUUUUUCUUUUAUACAGUGGAAUGAACGCUGCCUUCGGAGAUCUAGCAGUCUUGGCCUUCAAUCUGUGUACUAUAAUGAUGUUAAUAGGCUGUUUUUGUGCAAUCUCUUGUCGAAAAAUGUUUUGGUAUUGUAAAGAUGUUUUUAAUUUUUAUAUUGUGGCCUUUGAGUUGAUUUAGCACUGCACCUGUCAGUCAGUUUGUACCUUCAUUGAAGUUCUUAUUUUAAAGUCUUUUUUGACUUGUUUUUUCUUUCUUUCUUUUUUGUUCUGUAUCACAGCACAACACUCACUAAAGAUUUUAGUUUUUCUGAGGCAAAA